AUGGCUUCACCAGACCCCAAAACCAUCACCGUCGAGUCCCUCCCCAAGCUCCUCGAGAAUGACACAAUGGUCAAGCUCGCGGGCGUUGACGUCGACGGUAUUCUUCGCGGAAAGCUCGUCUCCAAAAAGAAGUUCCUCUCCAUCGCUGCAACGGGCUUCGGCUUCUGCUCAGUUAUCUUUGGCUGGGAUAUGCACGACAGGACAUACAUCCGCGAGCUCAAGAUCUCAAAUGCGGAGAACGGCUACCAUGAUCUUCUCGCCAUUCCAGACCUCUCGUCCUUCAGGCGCAUUCCCUGGGAGGACAAUGUGCCUUUGUUUCUAGUCGACUUUCUCGAUCCCGAUACCGAGAAGCCUAUUUGUGCCUGCCCUCGUGGUUUGGUAAAGACACAACUUGAAAAGCUAAAGGGUCACGGUUACGGUGCCUUGGCUGGCGCCGAAUAUGAGUUCUACCAAUUCAAGACCCCCGACACCUCAUCAUCCUCCCCCGCCGCCUACUUGCAACAAAACCCUCCUCAUCAGCUCCCCUCUCUAACAGAGGGUAUGUUCGGCUACUCCCUCACCCGACCUGUGCACAACCAGGAAUACUACUACGACGUCUUCAACACCUGUGCCAAGUUCUCGUGCGACAUUGAAGGAUGGCACACCGAGUCCGGCCCCGGCGUCUUCGAAGCCGCGCUCGAGUUCGGCGAGAUCGCUCAGAUGGCCGACCGAGCUGCUCUGUUCAAGUACGUUGUCAAGAGCGUGAGCACAAAGUACGGCAUCACACCCUGCUUCAUGGCAAAGCCCAAACAAGGUCUUCCUGGAAACAGCGGCCACAUGCACGUCUCUAUUGUGGACAAGGAAGGCAAGAACCUCUUUGCGCGCGAGACCAAGGAUGAAAACGCCAAGUGGAGCGAUAUUGCCAAUCUCUCCGACAUGGGCCGCCAUUUCCUGGCUGGCAUUUUGGUCGGUCUCCCAGACAUCAUGCCUCUUCUCGCCCCCACCAUCAACUCGUACAAGCGCCUCGUCGAGAACUUCUGGGCUCCCGUUACCGUUUCAUGGGGUCUUGAGCACCGCGCCGCCUCCAUCCGUCUGAUCUGCCCCAAGCCUUCGGCGACACGCUUCGAGGUCCGCGUCCCCGGCGCAGACACAAAUCCGCACUUCGUCCUCGCUGCCAUUCUCGGUUGCGGCUGGCGCGGUGUCGAGAAGAAGCUCGAGAUCCCCACCCCGCCGCUCGCCAUGGGCCAGGAUGUCGGCGGUGAUGCGGACCAGGGUGAGAGGCUGGCCAAGACUCUUAAGGAGGCCACGGCACGCUUCAUGUCGAAGGAUAGCAUUGCAAGAGAAGUGUUUGGAGAUGACUUUGUAGAGCACUUUGGUGGAACAAGAGAACAUGAAGUGCGCCUAUACGAUGAGGCAGUAACUGAUUGGGAAAUGAAGCGAUACAUUGAAACUGUCUGA